AUGCUACAAAAGCUAUUUACAGGUGGCUUCUUUCAGAUUAUGUCAAGCAAUAUUUCUGCAGAUGACAUGCUGUACACAGAGACAGAUCUGGAAGAAAGCAUGGACAAAAUUGAAACCAUCAACUUUCAUGAAGUAAAAGAGGUGGCAGGAAUCAAGUUCUGGUGUUACCAUGCUGGCCAUGUCCUGGGAGCAGCCAUGUUUAUGAUUGAAAUAGCUGGUGUGAAGCUUUUAUAUACAGGUGAUUUCUCAAGACAGGAAGACAGACAUUUGAUGGCAGCUGAGAUUCCUAAUAUUAAACCUGAUAUUCUUAUCAUUGAAUCCACCUAUGGUACCCAUAUUCAUGAAAAAAGGGAAGAGCGAGAAGCAAGAUUCUGUAACACUGUUCAUGAUAUUGUAAAUAGAGGAGGUAGAGGUCUCAUUCCUGUCUUUGCCUUGGGUCGAGCUCAAGAGCUACUUUUGAUCUUAGAUGAAUACUGGCAGAAUCACCCAGAACUCCAUGACAUCCCUAUAUACUAUGCCUCCUCUUUGGCAAAGAAAUGCAUGGCAGUGUAUCAGACAUAUGUAAAUGCUAUGAAUGACAAAAUCCGCAAGCAAAUCAACAUCAACAAUCCAUUUGUUUUCAAACACAUAAGUAAUUUGAAGAGUAUGGAUCACUUUGAUGACAUUGGCCCUAGUGUUGUUAUGGCUUCCCCGGGUAUGAUGCAGAGUGGUUUAUCAAGAGAAUUAUUUGAGAGCUGGUGUACAGAUAAGAGAAAUGGAGUCAUAAUAGCAGGUUACUGUGUUGAAGGAACACUUGCCAAGCACAUAAUGUCUGAACCAGAAGAGAUCACAACUAUGUCAGGACAGAAGCUCCCAUUGAAGAUGUCUGUAGACUACAUUUCUUUUUCUGCUCACACAGAUUACCAACAAACCAGCGAGUUUAUCCGAGCACUGAAACCUCCACAUGUGAUAUUAGUGCAUGGAGAACAGAAUGAAAUGGCCAGAUUGAAAGCAGCAUUGAUACGAGAAUAUGAAGAUAAUGAUGAAGUUCACAUAGAAGUUCACAAUCCUAGGAAUACUGAAGCUGUGACAUUAAACUUCAGAGGAGAAAAGCUUGCCAAGGUGAUGGGGUUUUUAGCAGAUAAGAAGCCAGAGCAAGGACAGAGAGUUUCAGGCAUCCUGGUUAAAAGAAACUUUAACUAUCACAUCCUUUCUCCAUGUGACCUCUCCAAUUACACUGAUUUGGCUAUGAGCACCGUAACACAGACACAAGCUAUUCCGUAUUCUGGCUCUUUCAGUCUGCUUUAUUACCAGCUACAGAGACUGACAGGUGAUGUAGAGGAAAUUGAAAUCCAGCAAAAACCAGCCUUGAAGGUUUUCAAAAAUAUUACUGUGAUCCAGGAACCCGGCAUGGUGGUACUUGAGUGGGUGGCAAAUCCUGCUAAUGAUAUGUAUGCAGACACUGUAACAACAGUGAUCCUGGAAGUUCAGUCAAAUCCCAAAAUACAGAAAGCUGUUGUACAUAAGAUUCCCAAAAAAGUAGAUAUGGAUGUAUUUAGCAAAAGGAUGGAGAUCAUGCUUCAGGACAUGUUUGGAGAGGACUGUGUUAGUGCAAAAGAUGGCUCUGUUCUAAGUAUCACAGUGGAUGGAAAGACUGCAAAUAUUUCAUUGGACACACGGACUGCUGAAUGUGAGCCAGGAAAUGAAGAUGAUGAACCCCUUCGGGAAAUGGUGGAGUUGGCUGCACAGAGACUCUAUGAUGCCCUCAGUCCAGUAUAUUGACUUGACCAAGCAGUAAAUAUCUAGGAAACACAAGAAUAAUCUUUAAUAUUUGAUUCAUUUUCACCAUUUUCAUAAAAAAUAAAAUAAAACUUGCCUUUAGCAAGUCAUAUGUACUUAUUUUCUGACCACAAAACUGCUUAUCUUUCAUUAUAAAUAACAGAUGGUUCAUCUGUUAUUGCAGCUAUAUUUAUGGAUAAUGUACAUUUAUGCAUUUGUUGUGCAUAUGUGAAUCCAUUAAUGGGAUUUACAUGCAUAAUAAGAGAAAUGUCUUACCCUGGUGUGAUGUAGUAGAGAGCCUGAAAUAUUUAUAAAAUAAAUGAGAGGAAUCUCAUAUUUCCAAGAUGUGCUAACCUGUUGAA